AACGUUAACUACGGUGAGUACCAACAAUAAACCAAAAUUAUUACCUAGACUGGAUUCACAGAAGCCUUGGUGAGAUUUCUUCAGUUUCAAGCCUUAAUUUUGGAUCUACCCCUACAAAUACAUUUAUCGAUGUCCAAAAAACCCGUAGUUGUGUUAACAUGGGUGGGAACAGAACCGACUCUCCCAGCAAUACUACUUAACAACCACAUGGACAAGGUACCACUUUUUGAAACCAAUUGGAGUGACAACCCUUUUGGUGGAGAGAUUGAUGAUCAAAAAACUUACGCUAGGACCAGUCCACAUAAGAAAACUGCCUCCAUUCAAUGUCUUGAAGCUGUGAGACGUUUGAAGAAUAGCGGAGUGACUUUAAAACGAACGAUAAACCUAUGUUUUGCGCCAGAUGGUUUUGAAGGAAUGUUAAGAUUCUUAAGGACAGAAGAAUUUGAUAAACUGAACAUUGGAUUUGCAUUAGAUUCAGGACUCCCGAACGAGUUUACGGUAUUUAACGGGGAAAGAUGUGUCUGGAAAAUACGAGUACACUGUCAAGGUAUCGCUGCUGGCGAUAAAAUGACUCGUGUUUUAGACAAAUUUUACGCUUUUAAAAUGCGAAUUAUUGAAAGAUCAUCCUAAUUAGACGUUUGGAGAUCUCAUCUCCAUUGAUCUAACAAAAAUCGAAAGUGGUGACCAACACUGUGUGCUAAAUUUUGAUUGUCUGAUUCCUCCCGAAAAUGUGGAUGUUGCACUAGCCAAAGAAGUAAUAACUAAAUGGUUCAAAGACGUUGGUUAUGAUCUAUUGAUUGAAUAUCCAGUGCAAGAGCCACAAAUCAGACACACAAAAGUCGACGGUUCGAAUAAAUAUUGGGUUGCUUUUAAAGAAGCGAUCGAUAAACUGUACGCAUUUAUAGCUACCUUCAAGCUCACAUAAAACUGUGGUUUAUUUUAGUGGGUUAAAAAUGGAGACCCAAAUUUUCCCGUGUUAUACAGAUUGUCCCCAUUUUAGACUCUUCGGUAUCCCAGCGUUAAGUUUUACACCCAUUAACAACACCCCUGUGUCAUUAGAUGAAGAUGGUCACCACUUAACGCUUGACGCUUUUUUAGAAGGUAUAGAAAUAUAUUACAAUAUUAUACUAUCGUUAGGGAACGUUGUGUAGAAACGAAAAAGCGAAGGAUAAAUA